UCUGAAGCGAAAGAGAGAAAAUCCAGAGUCUCUGUUCUUCUUCUUCUUCUUCUUCUCUCUCUCUCUCUCUCUCUCUCUCUCUCUCUCUCUCUCUCUCUCUGUAAUUUUAAUGGCGAGUGCUAUGAAAAAGGUCGAGAAGAUCCGCCAAAUCGUCCAUCUCAAGCAGGUUAUGAAGCGCUGGAAAUCCAUCAGUCUUGGCCGUCGCCGACCCGCCUUCUCCGAUUCCGACUCCGCCUCCGAUUCCGACUCUCUCCCGACCCGGCCCCGUCGGAUACCGUCCGGCUACCUCGCGGUUUACGUCGGGGCCGAGCGGCGCCGGUUCGUGAUCCCGACCCGGUUCCUCAACCUCCCGAUUUUCGUCUCCCUGCUGAAGAAAGCGGAAGAGGAGUUCGGAUUCCAGACGUGCGGUGGCCUGGUUUUUCCCUGCGAAGUGGGUUUUUUCAAAGGGGUUUUGAAGAUUCUGGAGAAGGACGAGCAGAGAUUCCGUGGAGUAGAACUGGAAGAGGUUUUUAAGACUUCUUCCGAGGUUAGUUUUGAUCCUUGCAAGGAAACGAUGGGAUCUUGCCAUGGCUUCACGCCCCUGUUGCAGAAGACUAGGGUUUGAGGGUUUUAGAUGGGUUUUUGCUAUUUUUUUAGGUCCUUGGUUUUUUUUCCUUUUUAGAAAAAAAGAGGGGUCUUUUUGUAAAAAAAAAAAAA